AGAUGGCUAUCUGCCGAUCACAGCUCUUACACUAACAAAAAAAUCAACAUCAACCUGAAUUCGCUCUAAGUGUUCAGUUAUAGACUUUCACGUUGCAACAAAAUAUUUUUUUUGGAUUACAUUGUGUGUUUUCAAGUGUUGAAAAUUGCUUCUACAUUGAGACUUAUCAUGAAGAUGGCCGAUGUUUCAGACAAGCACGUACACUGCGCUAUGCUCGGUGACGGCAUGGUUGGCAAAACGUGCCUGACUCUGUCCUAUACUGAAAAGUCUUUUACAGAAACGUACACAGCCACUGUCUUCGACAAUUAUCCAGGUAAUUAUCUUUUUUUUUAUAUAUAUUUUUUUUUACAAUUCUCUGUCUAUCGUCUGUUUUGUUCUCAUAUCUCAUGUUCAGCAUUUCAACCAAUCAUCUAUACUUGGACUUUUUGUCUUUUGUUUCGUUCUUAUAUGAUUUAAUGUCCGUAAAUCCUUUAAUCUAUCUAGACAUUUUCUACAUUGCAUCUUUAGACCCAUUGUAUCUUUAUUUUUUGUAUUGCCUAUUCCUAUUUUGUAUUUCUUUUUGUUUUGUUAAAAUUGUUUCGGUGUUUAAUGAAGACCAAAUGACAUGAACAGUUUUUGUAACAAUUGUGUUUUUCUUUAUUUUUUUCAGUGCCCCUUCAAGUUGGUGGCCAGGAUUUCAUCAUCAGUCUUUUUGACACCGCUGGCCAGGUAAGCAUCUUUUCUUUGACGUAAUGGGUGUCUGUAUAUCAGACGGCAGUCGUGAUUAGCUCGCGCUCAGGGCGCGCGCUGGUGACACGAAAAUCGAUACGGCGUUAAAACAACACGAAAAGGGCAGGGCAGGACAGGGGCAGGGCAGCGCCGAGGAUACAUCGUGCAGAAAACAAAAGGUCAUAAACACGAGUGACGUAAACGACAGGCGUAAACGAAAGACAGUCCAAGUUACACCUUUGGACGUAUUCAUCUUGACGUACUUAGGGGUAUUACAAGCCUGCCAGAGACCAAUUUCAAUUAUCAAUUCAAAGGAAGACUUGUCGUUAUGGGGUAAACCUGCAUGCGGAUUUGAUUUUAGUAUUGAUAAUUUAUUUGGUCUCGGUGAUGAAAUAUGUUCUUCUUAAAACACUUAAUGUUAUGUCUAGAAGUAGCCACGGCAGAACUUAUCCAAAUGGUGUAAUAUCUCAUGUUGUGUGAUAACACUGGGGUGGUGUAUAAUUUCUAUGAAAAUCGCAUCCCUAUAGCCUCUCCCCCCCCCCCCAGGCCACAAUUCGUCACUCUUACCUCACCAGACGGAACAGAUAUAAAUAUGACAAUAAAACCAGCCCGGCUUGACGACACUUUGACCACUCUAAUGUGAGACGUGCACAGGUCGAGCCGUGAUGUAUCGGGGCGGUUGGGACAAUACCUUUAUGCAACCUUUACACGCGCAGACGACUUCAUUGUUGACAUUAAUCGUUAUCGAUUAAAUCAAAACAACUUUUUUUUUUUUUUAAUACUGUUUUGCCCUUUGGCUUGUUCUCACAUAUCCCUUAACGUGCCAUUAUAGUUUGUGUGGUCCUUUUAUGUAGCUAUAUUCAUAACUUUGUUUUAGUAUAAUAACUUCUUGCAGUAAACCCAUAUUUUCAACCCAGGCUUUUUCCUUUUCUGUCUUCCCCAGAGUGAUUUUGAAGACCUUCGCGCAUACACGUACAAAGAGAGCGAGGUGCUGGUGCUUUGCUUCUCCGUCAUCGACCGCGACUCCUUCUCCAGCGUUUGCAACUCGUGGAUUCCCGAGAUCAAGCGCCACACCAAGCGCAGACGCCCCGUCAUCCUCGUAGGCACCCAGAUCGACAUGAGGAACGGCAACGAGGGCGAGGUGUCCACCGAGGAGGGCGAGGCCAUGGCAAAGGCCAUCGGCGCCGACUGCUACAUCGAGUGCUCGGCCAAGAGGAAGGACGGUCUGAAGGAGGUGUUUGAGCACGUCGUGUUCUCCGCGCUCAAGUUCAGGAAGAAGAAGGUCAACAUCAUCGGCCGUUUCUUCUCUCGAUGAACGAUACGAGCAUCAAACAUGAACAAACAAACAAACAAUCGUGAAACUUAAUCUCCAUGGCAACGCUUCAGCUCUGAAUAAACAUUAUUGCCAAGAAUGCCGGAGACGGAGGUAGACAUGGUUUCGACGAUAGAAACCUGACAUUUGAUGCCUUAGCUUUAGCCAAGCUUCACCUCUGACAAGUGGACUGUGACCAACGGAGGGGCAGUCCCCGCUCCCCUCUGAUGACGAGACCGCCUGAGCCCUCAGGCCAUCCCAGGCCCCUGGGCUUUCAGUGAGUUGGUCCUGCUCCAUGCAUUUCCGGAAUUGAAAGAACGACCCCAGGUCGGUGACGGGAUCACUGGCCUGUAGAACUUUGCUCAUUUUAAAAACAAAAAGACUUGCCUCAUCUUGUUCUGCUCAUGUGUGCCAAUGUUUGCUCUGUAACUUUUUUAAGGUGUGCAUAUCUUUUUACAUCUAUAUCUUUUACUGUAAGUGUCUCUUCCUGGUGUAACUUAACAUUUUGAGGAAAACCUUUUCUAAAACAAAACAUUACUCAAGCGUGUCCAUAUGAUCAAUCUUUCAAACACGUGACGUUGAAAAAAAAAAUGUUAAUGAAGAUUUUGUAUUUAGACUUGCAUUUUUCUGUUUAAAAAAAAAACUGCGACUCUUUUUUAGACCUUCAGUCUUGAUGUAAACUUUACACAAGCGACGACACGGCCAUGACUGACCAGCUCACUACCCUUGCCUUGACCACUGCCUUAUUGUUAACAUGUUACCUUGCCUUCAUCCCCAUCUUUUUUGACGCUCUUGACUUCUACACAGAACUGUCAUAUGUGACAAAUAUGUGAGACACAUCCUGACAUGACCUUGUGGCGCAGCACCACGCUAACACGAACUUCACCUGUCUGAGACAAAAAAACAAGCGCUCGUGCGGCAGUAACUGACAUUAACUGCCUGUCACCCACUGCCAAGGACAGGAAAAUGAGCAUUUAUGUCAAUGACAUCCUUUUUUUUUGUCAUGAACACUUAACAUCUGACUGACAGUUUAUUGAUUCGUGUCACUGACAGUUCCAUUCGCCAAAGCCAAUACCUGAAUCUCAUGAGUGACCUGUACGGUGUCUUUGAAACGUGAUGAUUCUGGCUGAAUGUUUUCGAAGAACUAAUUGUCGCUUUCAUGAACGCUUUAUGGUCUUUUACAAGGACAUUUUGCCACUUGAUGUACACUUAUGAAAUACCGUCCAAAACAUGUGUUUUAUUACUCCCCAUAGGUGUUAAAUGUUAAACUGCUUGAAUGAGUGCCCCUGCAUGAACACUAACAAUCUUUUUUGUGUGAGUGUGUGAUUGAAUGUUGUCGAAUACACGUGUAAGAAUUUUGAGUCGACAUCGCCUUAUGUGUACUUGUUAUGACCGUGUGAAUUGCACUGAUCGAUUAUUCAGUAUUAAUUACAGUAUUAGUAUCGAUUCAGAUGUGCUCGUUCGUCGCCUGGCGCUGGUAUCGCCAGGGAGAAAUAGCAGCGAUCGAUACUCGGUCCUCCUUUGAGAGCAGUGUUAUUGAUUGGCUAUGUUGUUUUGAAUGUGAACGUGUGUUAUUUAAUGCUUUGUUUGAGAUUUUCCCGUUUACAACUUGAAAUGCUCGUGAUAAACAAAAAUCGUGAUGAGAAAUAAUUGUGAGAAAGAGGAGAGGGGUGGAAAAAUAAGAUUAUCGCUAUUCUACGUAUUCGAUUAUGUGCACUCAAUUUGAUGACGUCAUUCGUUGUUUAUGUCAUCUCUAUUUAAUCGUCGUCUGUGGAGCAAGCGAUGUUGUUGGGCGCACGUAAUCUACAGAUACCACUCCAAUGGUGUCUUUCAGAUCACUGCGCUCCAAAGUAAAAACAAAAGCUUUUUUUUUGGGGGGUGUGAUUUGAUCUGAGUGCAAUACUCACUUUUGGUGUUCAUUUGGUGCAAUAUUGUGACAUCUGGUGCUUAAGCCCGUUACCAUUCAUAAUAUUAACAUGUUUUAUACAAUGAAGAUAAUGUUGAAAAUAAAAUAACGGAUCUAAA